UGAAAAUGCCACUAUUUUUCUUUGUAAUGGCCACCUAGAAGUUAAAUAAGAAUGGAGUUUAAGCUAGAUGUACUCAUCUCUACCUCUAUAAAGCAGAGAAAGCCAUGGCCUCGCAUCUCAUGGAUUGGACAGGAGAAAGAGGCUGUUUUUCUUCUAGAUGAUAAACGUAUAAAUGAAAUUAACCUGGCAUCGGGGAAGACGAAGAAAAUCCCUCAGUUGCAGUCAUUGCUGAAAAAUGUAGUUGUUUUGACAACAUCAAGAAAUUGUGCUUGGUUGGCAGGAAUACUUUCAACAGGAGAUCUGUUUCUUUGGAAUAAAGAUCAGGACUGCUUGAAAAUUGUGCCAGCAGUUGAAGAGUCUAGGAAAGUAGUUGCAUCAGCACAAGAGUGUUUAAUGAGAUUGUACUUGUAUGUGUCCGGAGAUGGCAGAAAAGCACUAUUAACUACUCCUACAGCAUGUGUUUUUUUAUGGGAAAGCAUAGAACAUGAAAAUACAUCCUCUUGUAAAAAUUCUUCUCCUGGGCGUUGGACACAGAUUUUGCCUGAUGAAUCAGUCAUGUUGCCUUCUGCUGAAGAAAAAGAAAUUGGAGUGCAUGCUGCUUUCAUACAAAAUGAGGUUCUGGGUGAUUGCUGCUUGUGCUCAUUUGUGUUCUACUCUGGAGAACACCUGGUACUCACAUUUUCAAUUAUUCGAUGGCAUGAAAAUAGCUUUAAAUAUGUUAGUUCUUUGCCAUACCAGGUCCACUGGGUACAACAGACUUGUUCGCUUCUUAAUUUGGUUCCUCAGUGUGUGUCUAUAAAGUCAAGAGGAGCUUUGCUGUGUGCAUUUGCAAGAGAUGGACUUCUACUUGCAGUAGCUGUUAAUCAAACCGAUCCAAAGGCAACUCAGAUUUUGUUUUUAAACACGUUGAAUUUUGUAACUGUUUCGGGUAGCCUUAAAGGCUGUAGUAGCAAGAAUAGCACGGUUCCAUCCAAGUUCAUCAGAUCUUACUGGGUUGGUGAUAUGAGUUGGACUCCUGAUAGCCUUUUCUUGGCUUGCAUGUUAAAACGUGGAUCUUUGAUUUUAUUGACAUGCAUGGGUGAAUUGCUGACCUUGAUUACUUCUGGCUGCUCUUUAGAGUUUGGACCAGCAGAGUUUAUUCCAUUUCAUCCUCUAAUAACAUACAGACAGCAGCACUCUUUUUGUCAAGAUUCUAGCCAGUCUGUUGGUUCUUCAGCUUCUGAAAGUGACCUUAUCAGACAGAGAUUUUCGGUUGCGUCACAUUCAAGAUUACCCUACCUCAUUGUCUCCGAUGGAUACAUGAUAACAGUGGUUAGAUUUCCUAAUAACCUUUCACCAUCAGGAUUCAUAAGAACUCUUUUGCUUGAUUCAACCCAACGGGUUGAAAGUAUCCGCUCGAAUUUGCUGAACUCCAAGUCUAAAGGGAGACUGCUGUGUUUACAGUCAUUGUUGUCGUUAAAAGCUAGUCUUUUGAAACAUGCUCAAAACCGGAGUUCCAUCUUUUCCACCAUUCCAAAAUUCCUUGAAGAGGACACAGCAGAAGUUAGAGAGAAAACCAUGGAUUUACUGGGUUAUGAAGAAGAAUCGGAUGAUGAAAAGCAGUUUUGCAAUAGCCUGUCCAGCUUCUAUAGCCAAAGAAUCCAUUCAUUUGUUAGUAAAGCUGAUCAAGGCCACUUAGAAUUUGCAUCAGUGUUUGAUACUAUCCAUGCAAAAGACAAUACUGAAGAGAAAGAUAAGUUAUCAGUGGAACUAUAUUCCAUUCAGAAAAACCUUCUUGCUGCAUGGCAGAUAGGGAUUUCAAAAAAUGUGGAAGAGAAAGAUAAGAUGCUGAACUACAUAGUGAAUUGCAUUACCCAUUUUUUCAACAUUCUUCAGUUUGUCAAAUGCUCUCUGCUAAACCAGGAUGCAUCUUUAAACAAGUCUGCAGAGAAUACUCACUGGAUACAUUGUGUCCUAAAAUAUUUUCAGCAGUUUUUAACAAUCUUAUGCUGGCAUUCAAGAGCCAGUCCAACUGGGCAUGUGGCAAAGCUGACACUACAAACUUUAAAACUGAUGCUUAUACAGCAACAAGAUCAGUUGUUCUCAAAAAACCUUCUGGCAUGUUUCUGGCUUUUGAAAAUGGUUUCUCACACUUUAAGUAAUGUGUGCAUACUACAGUAUGAGAAUUUUUUUUCAUCUCCUCAUGGUAAUAGUCUGACAGAUCUUGACUCCCUCACUGUGCCUGUUUUCCUAGUUCUUGAUGAGAGUACUACUCAGCAAUUCAGCUCACUGAAAUCUCUGCUUAGAGAGCCUCCUCGAGCAGUAAACCAUGAUGCAAAAACAGAAAAAAGGUUGAUAGUUCUAUGGCGAUUAUUGUAUAAGAAAGUGGUUUGGUAUCAGGUGCAGCUGAAGAGAAAAGUAAACAGGAAUGUGGAAGAAGAAUCUGUUGCCUCAUCGCUUUUAUGUCAUAUAGAAGCCACCCUCCAGUCUUCAGGAGUGACCUUAGAACAACAUCUGAAGAUUAAUUCUGUAGCUGGUGAGGAGAAGUUCCUUUUAGGCUCAUACAAAGAAUCUCUGGACAUUUGGAAAAGAUCUCUUUGUGAAAUCAAGGGUAAAGGGGGAAAACGAAUAUGUUUUCUUCAGAGUAGAUAUUAUCUUGCAAUACUAUUUUGCCACCUGUAUCAGUAUAACUUGUGUGAGGCUCAGGGACUCUGUGAUCAUCUGGUAGGAGAGAUUCUAAGGCGAUCACAGCUGACAGUGGGUCAGAUGGAAAAGUUUUCUGAUACCAGGUAUUUUCAGCAUGAACUAUGGAUGAUAACAGACAUUCAUACAGAAACUGCUAUGGCUGUGAUUCGGUCCAUGGCACGAUUCAUGGCCGCUUAUUUCACAAAUCAGCUGCUCUAUAUCUUUCCCCCACACAAUGUAGACAUCCUGCAUCCACUUCACAUCAAGCAAGACAUAUCUCCUCGUAUUAUUCCACUGCAACACUGUUUGGUUACCAGAGCUGUCAGGGAACAGAAACUUUCAUCUGUGUGGACAGCUGAAUACGCUCUUGAUUUGUUCUUUAUUGGUGGACUUAUUCCAGAGGCUGUGUGGUUAACACACAGACUUGGGGACUGGAAACUCUCUGUUUCAAUUGGAGUUGCCUACCAGCUGUAUUGUCAGAACUCUGAUGAAUUCUCAAGACUGAAAAACAGAGAGUGUCACCUGCCAUUAAGCUUAUCACCAAUGCAGACUUUUCAGGAAAAGUUACAAUCUUUGUUAGGACAGCCAGUUACUUCUGAAACAUCAGGAUGUCUUAAAUAUGAGCGGUUUACAGAUCCCCUUGAAGAGGAAGAUGCAGAUGUUCUUUAUAGUUCCAUACAGGAACUACUUAAAGCAGCUGCUAUGGCAGAUACUGAUAUUCUCUCGGAGACAUUUCAGGUUUUGAUGGAUUCUGCCAAGGAACUUAGCAGAAAAUUGUACGGUUUAGUUCCAGAUGGGCUUUAUCUUCCAGCACCACCAUUGUACUGUCCUCAGCCAGCUUCUCUCAGUGAAGAGGACUGCAAUGACAUUCUUCUAAAAAUUGAGAGAGAAAGUCGUCAGAAAGUGUCAGGAAUUCUUCAGCGAAUAAUCUUGCUCUUCCGGGCUGCUCAUUGUUCCUGCCCUGCAGCACAGUGGUAUAUCACAAAACUGAAGCGGGCAAGAAAAGUUAUGCAAAAAAUUCGAACGAAAGGAUCUCUUCAUUCACUGAGUCCAUUCCCAGAGACUUUGCUUCGUUACUGCAAUUUCCACCCUGUUUUCUAUAGAGCUACAACUUCUGGUGACCAUCAGUUUGAUGAUAUUACCUGCAAAAUUUUAGGUUGGUUCAGAGAGCUGUGUGCAUUGUGCUGGAUGUUUCAUGUUCGUGAAAGAUUAUCUGACAACUGUAGGCGGUACCAAACUGCAAGGGAAAAUAUUAACAAUCACAAGGAUCUGAAGAGUGAAUAUGAUGCCUCCAGAAUUGAGCAUUGUCUGAGCGCAGUGGAGUGGGCUUGUCGAAUGCUUCCUUUCUCCAGAUUCAUGAAUGCUGAAGAAUUAGUUCAGGAUGUAAUUUUGAGUCUGCUUGGAGAAUUGCCACCAGUCAAAAAGGUGGCAGAGAUUUUUGUAAAAGCAUUUCCUAAUCCUGAAGAUAUAAGGGUUCCACUAAGAGAUAAAUAUCAUGGACUUCAGCAGCAACUGAGACACAGUAUUAUUAAAGGUUCUGAAAGUGAAGAAAUUAUGUCUGUUGUUAUACAAGCUACUGAAAAAGCGAGAAUGAAGGCCUUGAAACAGGUAAUAAAGAGCAUAGGCCCUAUAGAAAUUAAUAUUUGGGAGCCAGCAGAAGAGGAAGCAGCAAACGAUGAACACUGUUAUGACAGAUUCUCAUUAGGCACUAGUCUAAGCAGAAGCACACUUACUGAUCUUGGGAAUCCUCAGGUAUAUAGUGAUGCUGACACAGCAGAUACGCUUUCUGAUGCCUUGUUUGCUGAAGAAAUGAGAGCUCAAACACCUUCACUCCAAAGGGAUAAUGAACAUCAGAGACAAGGUGAAAUAGGCAGUAAAAAUACCUCAUGCAAGAUAAAAGCCUUUAACUGCAAAACAAAGCCUGAAGACAACGUAUGUGAAGAAGAUAUGCAUAAUCAAUCUAUUAUGCCUGUGGUUGGUGCAUGGGAAUUUGAACGUGAUGAUGAUGAAUAUGUAAUUUUUUUAGAACUCUUCUUGAGUUACAUUCUUGAGAGAGACCUGGUGAACUACAGUGACCUUGGAAUUCCAUUUCUUAAUAGCUUUUCUGGACUUCUUCAAGAGCAUGAGUUAAACUCUCUCUUCUUUGAUGUUCAUACAACACUAAAACGUCGGCAAGGCAAAACUAGGAGCCAGAGAGUGUUUAGAGCAGGUUCCUCCUAUACUGUCACCCUGGCAUCUUGUGAUCCUGAAGCAGCAUCUGUCUGUAAUGAAAACCAAAAUAAUUUUGAAAAUCAAGCCAUUUUACGGUCCGCUCUACAGAUAACAGAACCUCCUGUGUGUAUCCUAAUGAAAGGAUUUAAUGAUGGACUAUUUGGUUUAAAACGCAAAUCCAUUUACAGAGCUCAGAGUGACAAUCAAGAAGUCACUGUUGCAUCAGCAAGCCAGACGUUUCCUAACCAUACAUUCUCAAGCCUGCAAACUCAGGCAACUUCUAAGUACGUUUACAAAACUGUUGGUAUGGUUGAUAUUGUACCAGGAGAGCAACUACCUGUAGAAUUGACGGGUAAGUUGAGCAAUAUUGCAAAAUUGCUUGAGUGGAUGAUAAGAUGGUCUGAAAAAAGACUGCUCUGCGGUUCCAAUAAACAAGAUUCCUUACAAGAAGUUCUCCCAAUAAUACAUGUGAAAACUUCAGCGGCUGCUGUCCUUACUUCUUUGUGGCUGUUAGAACAGUUAUAUGGAGAUGAAUCUCACAAAAAGAGCAUAAAAUUUAAGAGUCCGGAUAAUCAAAAUCUAAAAGAAUUUGCAUCUCUGUCAGAAGCACAGUCUAGGACAGAGAAAGAAAGUAGUAUGGAUGAAGGCUCUUCCAUACUGGCCAAUCCUUCUGUUGAUGUCCAGAGCAUACAAGCCUAUGAUGAUCUUUGUGAAACUGGUUUGGGGAUGUCUGCAAAGUCAAAAUAUUUUAAUAACAAGGAACUUAAAUAUGGGAAUUAUUCUGUACCUCAUGUGACUGAAGAUCAUAAUGAAGUGGGACUAUUUGUUCAGAAGAAAGAGAUAGCAUCAGAUAUAGAGUUCUUUGACGAGCCAUAUGAAACUCCAAAGAGCUCCACCAGCUCUGUCAAAAUCAAACCUAUAGAACACCAAAGAGAAAAGGCAAGUUACUGUCUCUUGCAUGGAAUAUCAGAUUAUUAUGAAUGCUCUUUUCAAAAUACCCUGUAUUCCUCAAUGCAACAGAUCUCCUUUUCAGAAGUAGAUAAUCCCCAGGAAGAUCAAAAUACGGCAAAAACAACAGAAGGGAAGGCUGAAGAGAAUGUCAUGACUGAGGUUGUCAAUGGCACCAUUUCUCACUUGUUUUCUUUAGAAGAAGAUGCAGAAUUUCCCAGUAAUACAGAUAUUUGUUUAAGUGAUGAUCAGCCUUCUCAGACUGUUGUGUCAACUAUGUCAAGUGUUGCCUCUGCUACUUCCAUUUUUGCAAAGAAGCAAGAAGUCAAGGAAGAAGUCCCUACAGAAGAGAAACUAAGCACAUCAGGAACUGUCAGGCAGAUGCUCCAAGAUGAAAUGUUUAAGUUAGUUCAGCUACAACAAAUCAACUUCCUGAGUUUAAUGCAAAUAGUGCAGUCAUCCUUUGCCAGCCUGCCAAAUGUGCAACAAAUUUUGCAACAGCAUCAGUCUGUUCCCCUGGAAGGAGGCCAACCUGCACACACUGCAGAAAGCAAUGGCUCUCUGAAAACACAAGUGCCUGCUCAAGAAGAUAAAGGAAAACCUGGUCAAAAGAGCUCUGAUUUUCAACUAAGGAGUAGUUCAAGUGAUGAAAGCCACAAUAGCUAUAUGAAAAAUCAUCUGGAUGCGAAUGUUUCUUCAGGCCUGUUAGAAAAUCACAGCAAAGAAAUGGGAUUUAUGCCACCAUUUCAAGGUUUUCAUUCUUCAGCACCUACUAAACCACUUCAUCUCCUAGCUCCUUCCACAGACAUCCAGAAAAGACCAAAGUUUUUCCCUGUUGAAAAAAACCUGCAUCACUCAAAUGGAUUUCCUUUGCUUAAGCUUGAAUCAGGUUAUCAUUGCAAACCAGCAUUUCUACGUCCAAUUGAAAUGUCACCAGCUUUUGCAGGACCACCGCCAGUACCACAAGUGGCUUGGAGUUCACCAGAUUCCUUAUGGAAUCAUCAGUCGGCAAUCACACCAAGAAGGAGUAAGGCAAAAGAAGGUUUCAGUAUGGAUAGAUACGACCCUGAGAUCCCAAGGCAAAUGCUUGGGGGAGAGAAAAGAUGGGCAAAAGCAGUGCAUGAGGCACCUCACAAACAUCUGAAUCUAGAUCAGUUUGAAGGACAGCAAGAAGUUUCACCUCAGCAGCAAUUCUCUGCAGAUGUAAAUAUGGGCAAAGCACUGAACACUCAGAACCUGGCUGGUAUUCCACUGUUGCACUUGCAACUUGACCCAGUACCUAGAGUUCUACCAGUUGUAAGGCAGCCAAUCCCUACUACUUUAUUACCUUUUAAACUUGCAACAAAGCAGACUGACUGCAGAGAAACACUACAGCACACAGGAAUAUCACUACUCCAUGCUAAUUUACCUCAAAAAAAUAAGGCACCAAAACUCAUUCCACUUCAAGAUCUCAUUGCAUUUGAGCAAUGCCACCAGCAUAAUACUGUGCCCAGUACUUCCUUUGGACAAGACCGAAGUGAACCUAUCCUGUUACUAAAAACUGACGUUGAACCAUUUGAACUAAGAAUGCAGAAUAAUAGAAAAAGACAAAAGAGGCGUGAUAAGAUACACAUGAAAGAGAAGGAGGAAAAGAAGAAACAGAGUGUGUCCUUCCGUCCAGAUGAUUCUAUCAUCGGUAUCAGUGAUUCAGUGAUGGCUGUUGAAACAGGGACUGUGGAUCAAGAAGCAAAAUCUGCCUCUUACCUUCAAGAUGCUUCUUUCAUUUCAACGGACACCAAGGGGGAAGCAAUUACUGUUUCAGCGGAUCUUCAUUACGUGGCUUCUACAGGAAAAAAACCAGCAGAAACUCAAGAUGCAAGUACAAGUACUGACCCAUUGCUCAAAUCGUAUCAGGAUGUUGGAGUCAGUGCUGGAAAUGAAAUUUCUGAAUCUCAAAACAAUGAGUCAGUCAUGUCUCUUCCUGUGUCAGAAAUGUCUAGUGUCCCUGAGAUACCAGUACAAGACAUGUAUUUAAACCAGAGAUUCCCCACGGAAGUGAAUGAGACGCCUUUGCCAUGCUUUCUGUCAGAUGCACCUGAUUUGAGUGAACAUGAAUAUAUCAGUGUGAUUGAUAUUAAAGACAAUGAUAUACUUAACAAUUUGCCUGUAAUACCCAACUCUGCAGAAGAGACAGCUACUGCACAGCAAAAUGAUAAGCUUGAAAUUCCACCUGCUGAAAAACUUCAUCACAUGAUAGCAUCUGUUGCUAAUGCAAUUCCACCCCAGGGGCUUCAGAAGAAAGACAAUCAUCUGAAAAAUUUACCAAGCCAAGUGCAAAAGGAAGAUAAGCCAGGUUCUGCAAUAGAUAGUGUAACCUGGAACAUACUACAUGAAGAUGACAGAGCUCCCUCUUCAGGGCUUCCAUCCAAAGUAACUGGUAAAGAAUACUUUUCCACAAAUCAGCAAGAAAUGGAUAUGCAAUUACAGAGAUUACAGAGCAUUACAGAAAAUAUGGAGGAGGAUUUCAGAAAUACCAAACAGCUAGUGAAGAUGAUAGAAGAUUUUGAAAUGGCUGCCAGUUCAGACCUUGGUGCUCAUCCUUCACUCUCUGAAGAUGCUAGAAUCAACAAAGAUGGUCAUGACAAGGAGGGCUUAAACCUGCAAUAUCCUGGACCCAGUUAUACUGCAUUGGAAGCACACUCCCCUGCCUCUGCAGCUUCUGCUUCUAGAUUUCACAGUAGUACAAAGUCAUCUUCUGGCAAAGAUCUAUGUGAUAGCCCUUUAGAAGAUCCUCUACAAAUUACUGGUCUGAGUGGUGUUACUGAUAUCAUUACUGAUCUUGUAGUAAAAGGUGAUGUCCCUCCUUUGGAGUUGGGCUUUACGAAACUACAAGCUGAGAAAAUCUCCAGGGUUCAUGAUUCUGCUGCUGGACAUUCUCAAAAAACAGAAAAGGAGAAGAAAGAGAUACAAGCAUGGAUGAAAAGAAAGCGAAAGGAAAGAAUGAGAGAAUAUGUGAAGAAACUGGAUGAACAAAGACAGAAAGAGCAUAAUCCAUUCCGUCCAAGAAAGAAUGGGCAUUGUAGUCUUACUUCUAAGGAUAUUAAAUGCUUCCAGAAGAUGAAAGAAGAAAAACACAAAGCCCUGUUAACUGAACAUCACAAUGUAAGAAUAUCACAAGCACUUUCACUGAUGAAUGAAAUGUUAUCUGAAACAGUGGUGGUAACUGCAAAUGAACAUAGAACACUGUCAAAGACAAGAUCACCUCAAGAGUACAAAAAAAGGUGUAUGGCACCUGCUAAAAGAGGGCAUCCAAACAGUUCUGUUGUGUCAGAAAGGAACAGAAUUGCUGCCAAACUCAGCUUUGGGCAAAAAGUAUGCUGUUUCACUCCAUCUCUUGGUUUAACACAUUCCAGGGGAAAAGCUUGUACUCUCCUUCAGAAAAGUGCUUCCAGAGGAAGAAUGAAAACUGCUGCAAAUUGUCCUGUUAAUUCUAGACACUCUGCUGAAUACAGAGUCAGCAGAACAUCAAAACAAAGGCAUCCACACCUUGCCGCCACAGUUCAGACAGAAAAUCUUGAUCAAGAGACUGAUCGAGACAUAGUAAGCCCUUGGACUGUGCCUGAUGAUAUCCAAAGAAUACUUCGAGAUACUCAUGACUCCCUGUUUCAGGCCUCUUCGUUGCAUCCUGUGAGUUUCUCUCCUCUUGGCACUGUUCACACCGAUGAUGUUUCUGAAAGCACAGGAAGUAUCCUCAGCAAACUGGACUGGGAUGCGGUUGAAGCUAUGGUAGCAGAUGUGGAAGACAAGUGAAAAAAAUGUCUCAGCAGUUGUUGGAGUUUGGUUUCUGAACAGUUGCUGGAGUUUGGUUUCAUUGUUCUACUUAAAAUGGAUUUGAGGCUUGCAUUAGUGAUGUUCUUAAGCAGCACAGAAACUCUCACUGCUUUCAGUCUUGCCUACGUGAAAUUCAGUUCUUUAACAUGUAGUUUGCUUUCUGUAUGUCUUCCACUCGCAAGAACUAAAUAUCAUUGAUAAAUGCAGACCAGCAGUCUCAAACAAAAACUUCUGUGUCAGCUACUUACACAUAAAAAGUUCUAUUCUAUUUUAAGAGCACUAUAUAACUGGUUUACCUUUGUAUUUAAUAUUUAACAUCAUUACAGAUGAACUUAUUUUUGUUACUUAAUGUUUUGUGAUAAACUGGUUUAAUAAAAAUUAGUUUCUGCUGA